GGCAUCCUUACGAAGUUGCUGUGUUGUCAAAAUUGCUUCACAAUAUUGUGAUACAUUGUUAGAAUCCAUUUAGGUUGAAAUUAUCAAUUUUUCAAUAUGAGAACGUGUCAAACAUGAAUUGAAAACGUUUUACAACAAUUUGAGGAGACGACCCGCCGUGUAUACACGCGUCUCGAUUUUACAUUUUUCAUGAAAAUUGAAGCAGUAAUUUAGUCAACAUGGAUGGUACAUGGUUCCUUAUUCUGCUCGCGCUGGUGAUGUUAGUGGGAUCUUAUGUUGCUGGCAGUAUCCCAUUAAACGUGAGCAUGUCUGAGGAUAAACUGAAAAAGGUGACAAUAUUUGGCGCCGGAUUGCUCGUCGGAACAGCCUUAGCUGUAAUCAUACCAGAAGGAGUACGAGCGUUGUUUGAACAUCCUCACACCCCAGCUGUGACUAAGGACUACACUGCUGAACCAACUCAUGAAGACAGUCUAUAUUCUGUUAUAGGGAUAACGCUAGUUUUAGGUUUCGUCUUCAUGCUGCUGGUGGAUCAGAUGUCAUCCCGUUACAAUGAUUCCAAUAAUCCGAUUGAGAGAAACGUUACGGCCACCGUUGGCUUAGUGGUUCAUGCAGCCGCGGACGGCAUCGCUUUAGGGGCGGCCGCCACGACCUCACACGCGGACGUCGAGGUCAUAGUCUUCCUGGCCAUAAUGCUCCACAAAGCCCCUGCGGCAUUCGGGCUUGUCACGUUUCUGAUGCACGCAGGCCUCGAGAGGAACAGGAUAAGGAGGCAUCUCCUCAUAUUCUCGUGCGCGGCUCCCCUACUUGCUCUCCUCACGUACUUCGGUAUCGGUAACGAGAGCAAACAGACCCUGAGCGAGGUCAACGCUACAGGUAUAGCGAUGCUGUUCUCGGCAGGUACGUUCCUGUACGUAGCUACCGUCCACGUCUUACCCGAACUAACCCACACUCAACACACGCACACGUUACUGCCCACCCAGGAGGGUAUGCCGACAAAAAGGGGCUUCGGUGGCCUUCAGAUAUUCGAAGUUAUCAUUCUCUCUGUGGGGGCGCUGCUGCCAGUCUUACUGGCCAUGGGUCAUGACGAUUAGCCUCCGACGUGGUGGAUAUCUUGGGAGGAACUGGACGAUUGAGCUCAACAUAAUCAGAACCAUAAAGUCGUUUGUGCGAAAUAAAAUAUGUGCUAAAAUCGCCUCUAAGCACACGAGUCCUUGUUUUAAAUUUAAGGAGUAUAAUUUUAGGGAUAAUCUAAACUAGCGCUCGCCCGAUGAUCGAAUUUCGACUUUAAGCACUAAAGAUUUAAGAUUCAUUUUAAACGUAAUAUUUUGGUAUUUCAAACGCUUGUCUCUGUCAAACAAAAAAAAAUGCUACUUAAUGUUUUUGUAACUAGUAUGUAUAUUUUUUUGUAACAAUUCACUGGUAGCAUAAAGGGUUACUUCAGCUACGCGCGGGUAGGUGAGCUAACGGGUUCAACUUGAGAGAGUUUGCUAACACUAGCCCUAGCAAGAGCCGUGCUUCGCUGAAUCUACCAGCGGAUCGGAAACGCGACCCACUGAGAAGAUCCGGCGAGGAAGUCAGUGGGUUUGCUUAUAGUAUACUAUUUGUCUCCUAUAUACUCCAAAACAUCUGGAUUCCGAUGAAAAUAUCUCAGGAAAUCUUGUAUUAGUCCGUCGGCAAUGUCAACCGUAAUUUGACUAAUACUAAUAAUCUGAAUAGAAACAAUGCGCAUUUCUGUGCGUUAAAUUUUUUUAGUUGGAAUCACGGAUAUCCAUCUAUGGCUCUGAUGUCGCGGUUAGCAGCGAACUUGGCAAUAAAAUGAUUUUUGUUAAAAAUUAUGAAGGCAGGAAAAUUGACGUGAAAAAUAUUGUUUUUUUUUUAGAUAUGUUUUCAAUCGACUGUAUUUCAUAUGUGUAUAAAAAAUUACGGACGAAUUAUAGUUUUGAUUUAAUCAAGAUUGUUACUGUUAAAUUUGACAAAGCAAUCGGUGGGAUUACGUACAAAUUUUGCCCCAUUAAAUUGUGGAUUGUAUGCGAACAUUAUCGAUUUUUCGAGACUUUUUACAUACGAACCUUAUUUUACAAAAAGUAUUUACAAUCAAACUAUAUAUAAUUAUGUAUUUCUUAUCUAUGUAUUUGUAAUUUUUUUUAUUGCUUAGAU